CCUUCCCCAACACCACACCGUCCUCAUGACUCACCGUCUAACUCUAUCCAUAACAACAAAACCACACUUUCUCGAGGAAAAGACACUCUCAGAUUCCCGCAAUUUCUCAGCCCCACAAAAACCCAUGGCGCCAAAAUCCUUCAACCCCAAAACCCAAACCUACUCCUCCCCCCGACCUCCCGCCCCCUUCCCCACAGACCCCAACCUCUCCCUCACCUCCUUCCUCUUCCAAUCCUCCACCUCCUUCCCCAACAACCUUGCCCUCGCCGACUCAGACACCGCCGAAACUCUAACCUUCCUCCAGCUCAAAUCUCUAGUCUCCAAGCUCGCUCACUCCUUGCUCAACCUCAACAUCAAGAAAAACGACGUCGUCCUCAUCUUCGCCCCCAACUCCAUCCACUUCCCCGUCUGCUUCUUCUCAAUCGUCGCAAUCGGUGCCAUUGCCACCACCUGCAAUCCUCAGUACACCGUCUCCGAGCUCUCAAGUCAAGUCAACGACUGUGACCCCAAGCUCGUCAUCACCGUCUCCGAACUCUGGCCUAAGAUCAAGGGCUUCAAUCUCCCGACGAUACUAGUAGGAUCUUCAAUCGGGGAUCCAAAUCCCAGAGUACGUUACUUUUCCGAUUUGGUCAAAAUUUCGGAGGAUCCGGAUCCGAUUUCAAAUUUACCGGCGAUUAGUGUGAAGCAGAGUGACGUGGCGGCGCUGCUUUACUCGUCCGGGACGACGGGGAAGAGCAAGGGAGUGAUUCUGACGCAUCGGAACUUCAUUACGACGUCGUUGAUGGUGACGGCGGAUCAGGACCGGUACGGCGAGCCGAGAAACGUGUUCUUGUGCAUCGUCCCGAUGUUUCACAUAUUCGGGCUCUCGGUGAUCGCGUACUCGCAGCUGCGGCGAGGAAACGCCGUCGUUUCGAUGGCGAAGUUUGAGAUCGACAGGGCGCUGAAGGCGGUUGAGAAGUACAGGGUCACUCAUUUGUUCGUCGUUCCGCCGGUGAUGAUCGCGCUGGCGAAGCAGAGCGUUGUGGAGAAGUACGACUUGUCGUCGCUUGAGUUCAUCGCGUCUGGCGCGGCGCCGCUGGGGAAGGAUUUGAUGGAGGAGUGCGCCAAGAAUAUUCCACAGGCUGUCGUUGGUCAGGGUUAUGGUUUGACAGAAACUUGCGGGAUUGUUUCACUAGAGAAUUUCAGAGAAGGAUCUCGAUUUUCUGGAUCAAGCGGCAUUCUUGCUCCAGGAAUAGAGUCCCAGAUAGUUAGUACAGAUACCCUCAAGUCUCUUCCACCUAAUCAGUUGGGAGAAAUAUUGGUCAGAGGACCCAAUAUGAUGCAAGGUUAUUAUAAUAAUCCAGAAGCCACAAAGUUGACUAAAGAUGAACAAGGUUGGGUGCACACUGGAGACCUUGGAUAUUUUGAUGAGGAGGGGCAGUUGUUUGUUGUGGAUCGAAUUAAAGAGCUCAUCAAGUGUUACAGUUUUCAGGUGGCCCCUGCGGAACUUGAAGGGCUGUUGCUUUCUCACCCUGAAAUAUUGGAUGCUGUUGUGAUCCCAUAUCCUGAUGAGAAAGCUGGUGAGGUUCCAGUUGCAUAUGUUGUUCGUGCACCCAACAGCUCGAUAACCCAGCAAGACAUUCAGAAAUUCAUUGACAAGCAGGUUGCACCUUUCAAAAGAUUGCGGAGAGUAACUUUUAUAAACAGUGUGCCAAAGUCUGCUGCAGGAAAGAUUUUGAGAAGGGAGUUUAUUCAGAAAGUUCGGUCCAAAAUAUAAUAAUUAAGAUAAUUAUACCAUAUGUACUAAUUUCCCUCAUUUAUUGCUUUCUUCCACUGUAAUUGUUUUUUUUAAUUAAAAAAAAGUACUAGAUAAAGUUCAAGAGAAGAGAACAAAGAAAUAUAUAGAGAACAAGAAAAUAGAACAAAGAAAUGUGAGAAAAUCAAUGAAAAUUACUAAAUAAAGUUCAAGUUUGUGUUUUAAUGUACUCUUGUUUUCUAUCUCUCUCUAUUAUAUGAUGAGAGAGAUGAAAAGAGAACAACAUAAUAUAUGGGAGUUUCUCUCGCAUUUGUUGGCGAUGACAAUCACAACAACGCUAGCUUGGCUCAAAUUUUAGUUCAUAGAAUUCUGUAAUGGAUUGAAUGAUCCAGCUUAGAGUCUAGUCAAUUGAUUAAUUUGUCACCAUUUGCAACUUGAUCGGCGACCAUUUUCAGCUCAUGCUUUUGAUGUAA